UGGCAGAAAUACCUUGGGUUUUUCUUUUCUUUUCUUUCUUUCCUCUCUUCAGAACAAAGCAUGGAGCUGCGUGAGGAUCGACGGCGCGCACCGAGGAUGGACAGCUGCUGCUUCUUGGGAAGUUAUUUUUUUCCUUUCAGCUUUUUUUCCCCCUUUCCUUUGAUACCUUGGAAAAGUAGCCACAAAUAUAACCCACUGCGCGUUCAUUCUUAAUUCAUUCUUCCCUUGCGCGCACUUCCCCGCUGCGCAACGCGCAAACUGGCGCGGACCUGCGCCUUUAUUUAUUUAUUUAUUUUUUUUAGGGGGGGGCACGAAUUGAUGCCAACAGUCGGGGUGGUUUGUUGUUGUGGACCGGAACGCAGCGCGCACAGCCACGAUGGACUCGCCGAACGCCAGUGGAGCGGACGCGUUCACGGUGAUCCACCUGAACGCGUCCUGGAACGCAGACGGCGGAUAUUCUUUAGCAGCGAUCGCCGGCAUCGCUGCGCUUGUAAGUUUUCUCAUCAUCUUCACCGUGGUUGGGAAUGUCUUGGUGGUGAUCGCCGUGCUGACGAGCAGAGCGCUGAAGGCGCCACAGAACCUUUUCCUGGUGUCACUGGCCACCGCGGACAUUCUGGUGGCCACUUUGGUGAUGCCUUUCUCCCUCGCUAACGAGCUCAUGGGUUACUGGUAUUUUGGGGGAGUUUGGUGCGGCAUUUAUCUGGCUUUGGAUGUUUUGUUCUGCACUUCGUCUAUUGUGCAUCUGUGCGCUAUCAGCCUGGACCGCUACUGGUCCGUUACGCAGGCUGUAGAGUACAACCUGAAACGGACUCCCAGACGUGUAAAGUGCAUCAUCAUCAUCGUGUGGCUCAUAUCCGCCUUCAUCUCGUCGCCACCGCUCAUAUCGAUUGACAGCAACCGUGAAAUCAGCUCUCAACCACAGUGUGAGCUCAACGAUGACACUUGGUACAUCCUCUCCUCCAGCACCGCAUCCUUCUUCGCUCCCUGCUUGAUCAUGAUCUUGGUCUACAUCAGAAUAUACCAGGUGGCCAAAACCAGAACCAGAACCAUGUCGGGGAAAAACCAGAGGUCCGACGGUGUCACACAAACCGAGAACGGGCUGAGCAAAGCGACAUCUCCUUUCCACGGCAAGAAAGAGAAUGGUCACUGUCAGUGCCCGCCUACUCCCAGCGAACGCACCGUCACCAUCACCGUGGUCCAGCCGACCGAGGAGGCCGAAGUGGAUGACAGCUCAUCCUCAGAGGGCAAAGGUCACAAACGGCAGAACUCUAAGAGGGCGAGCCAAAAGAAGCGUUCCCCAACUAGUCAAUCCACGUGCAUUGCCAAAGUCAGCAACAAGUCCAUGGACCUGUUCGCCUCCAGGAGAAGGCGUCGCCGCAGCUCGAUCGCCCGGAAAAAGAUCUCCCAGGCGCGGGAGAAGAGGUUUACCUUCGUCCUGGCUGUGGUCAUGGGCGUGUUUGUUGUGUGCUGGUUCCCUUUUUUCUUUAGCUACAGCUUGUACGGUGUGUGCAGGGACUCCUGUAAGAUUCCUGAACCACUUUUUAAGUUCUUCUUCUGGAUCGGUUACUGCAACAGCUCCCUCAACCCGGCCAUCUACACCAUAUUCAACCGGGACUUCCGGCACGCCUUCCAAAAGAUCCUGUGCAAGUCAUGGAAGAAGUCCUUUUAGACAUUAAGUAGAGCUGUUGCACCACAUGACAAU